AUGGUAUCACUAGAGCAAAAUAGCGCGCAUUUGCUCCCCUCGCGCGCACUCGAUCCCCCAGCGCUCACUCGCUCCCCGCGCUCGCACUCGCUCCCCCAGCGCGCAUUCGCUGCCCCCGCACGCACUCGGUCCCCUCGCGCUCACUCGCUCCCGCGCGCACUAGCUCCCUCCGCGCGCACUCGAUCCCCCAGCGUGCAUUCGCCCCCCCCCCCCCCCCCCCCCCUCCCCGCUCUCACUCGCUCCCACCGCGCUCACUCGCUCCCUCUGCGCGCACUCGCUCCCCCAGCGCGCAUUCGCUUCCGUCGCGCGCACUUGCCCCCCCCCGCGCUCACUCGCUCCCCCCGCGCGCACUCGCUCUCCCCGCGCGCACUCGCUCCCCCCUCGCUCACUCGCUCUCCCCACGCUCACUCGCUCCCCCCCCCGCGCACUCGCUCCCCUAGCGCGCAUUCGCUCCCCCCGCGCUCACUCGCUCCCCCCCCGUGCACUUGCUCACCCUCUCCCAAACGCUUAGAUCUCCUCCUUCCCCUCUUACUAUCUCCUCCACCGCCUCUCCCCCCUUCUAACCGCUCCUCUUUCCCUCCCUGCAUCCCCUCCUUUCCCUCCCUGCAUCCCCUCCUUUCCCUCUCUGCAUCCCCUCCUUUUCCUCCCUGCAUCCCCUCCUUACCCCCCCUGCAUUCCCCCUGCUACCUAUCGUAUGCGUUGCCAGUGGUGCAGGCACUUGCAGGGCGUGUGGUGCGGCGAGUGCGGGCGGUGGUAGGGCGUGUGCCCACCAGGGACCUGGCUGCUCAGGUGAAGCACGUGUUUGACACCAUAGCGCUGGCUGUCGGCCUUGCAAUGGCUCUCGUCAUCGAAUCAUAG